AUGACUGAUUUAAUAAAACAAUUAGAUGGCAUGUUCACAAGAGAACACCUAGAGAAAAAUAAAUACCUUCUAAAAAACUUGGACCCAAAUUUGAAUCUACCAAUAGUGGCACUUCAAAAAGAAUACUCGCUAGCAAAGCAUUCCAUAGAAGAAAUUUUAGGAGCUUUGAAGCAAUGCAAAAAUUGCAAAUUGCAUGAAGGAUAUGUGACUCUAUUGAUACCUCCACACACAAAGAAUAUUAUAAUAAAUGAAAUCAGCUAAACAAAUGCAGAUUUCAAAGCUUACCUGAUUGAAAAAUAUCUGAAGAACGUUGAGUGUGAGAUAUCAUUUGAAGGCGGAUGUUGUAGAGUGACAUUUAAGGAUGAUGAAAUUGGCUUGAAGUUUUUAGAUUAAGCAGUGAAUGAUCCAAAAGAUCCAUUAAAGGCAUAUGUGGAACCAGAAAAUGUGUAUCAAUCACUGACAAAGAGUUUGGGAUUCAACAAUCAAGCACAAUACUUAUAUCAAUACAAUAACUAAAUGUUCUAAAAUUUAUAUAUAAGAAAGGCUUCGGAUGAUGUUGCAGCAUAGACAUAAUAAGAAAAGACUGCCAAACCAUAUUAUCCUCCAGUUCAAUAGCAAUAACCAAAUCCCAGAAAAUAAUCAGGUUAAGAACGAAAGGGAAGCGAGUAAGUCGAGCAUUAAGAUAAAAAAACAAAGACUCCAUCAUCAGGACCCAAAGAGAUUUAUGUUGAAAAAUAAUCAUUAGAAAAGUAGGAGCAAAAUGUAAAAAAUGUCGAGAAGCCUCCAAAGGUGCAAUAGAGUCCAUAUGUUGAAAAAAAGUCAACUUCAAGAAAAACUUCAGAAUAAAUUUAACCAGCUAAACAUAAAGGAAGUAAAGACAUCUAGGGAUCACCAAUAAGAAAGGCAACUAUUCAAUAUAAAAAAGAUAAUUUAAUUGAGAUAUUUAAAUAAAUUUAAGGAAACUUGAAAGCUAAUCCAAAACUUUAAAAAUUAAGUGAAUAAGACAGAGCAUUGUUAUUAAGACAAAAUGGUGAAUUAACAUUGGAAGCCAUUCAUCCAACACCAUGUAUUAGAAAGGAAUCAUAUGCUUCGCCUUAAUAACAUAUAAAAUAAUCCCCUGCAUAGAUUCCCUAAAGAAAACCACAAUAAUGA